AUGGGCUUCAUUGAGGUCUUGCUCUCAAGCAGAAACUUGGCCCUUCAAGUAUCAACUGGACCAAUAAAAUCAGAAGAGGGAACACGACGCAUCCUCGAUCUCCUGUUGGCACAUGCAUGCAGGGACGCAGUUAUUGACUGGGCGGUUGAGCAAGCCUGUGAAAGGUUUAAGAGCGAGAUCCUCCAGGUAUCGAGGGGGGAAUCAGGCUUACAUUUCAAUGCAUCCCGAGCUCACGCUGCCGACAUCCUUGAUUUUGACUUGGAAGAGAUUGCGCAGAAACUUGAGGUCCUUGCACCACGCACUUGGAGUGUAGUUCAAGCUCUCCUGGAUGCCAAUCCCCUCGCGCGUCGACGAAAGGUUGUGACAAAAGCCUCGGCUUACGAAGAUCGACAUGAUCUUGAAGAGCCACUCGGUGAUGUGUCCAAUGCAGAAUGGAAUGGGGGAAAGGAUCGAGGGCUCACUUUGCUACGAAUCGUGAGUAGAAAAACUACAUAUAGUAACGAGACACAUACCAUAUUUCAGAAAGGGUGUGCCAUUCUAUCAAUAAUGGCAAACAGUACAAAUUCCCGUUGUAACGCAUUCCAGGCCGUCCAAGGGUUCUUCCUAGAGUCCGUCAAUGCUCCCGAGCGCGUCAUUAAUGUCCUAGCACAUGGUGGUUGGAGUAUCUCUGUCGUGUCAAUAGUCAAUAUUGUGCCAGCUCUCACAAAAGAGCGGCAGGGGGAAAUCAGGAAGCUCUCAAGGACUGGCCUUUGUGCACUGGCAUAUGACAACCUUGACUUUGACUUCAGCGUGAAGGAGCCGACUGUGGAGAAUGCUGGUAGCUUUGCUAGUAUAACAACAGGAACAUUCAUCCAGUUGACACCUGACACAACGUUGGAUGACCUACGCUUUUCAAAGGAGCUAUGGGAGAAGAGCCCCCUAAAUCCC